AAAAAUAAUACAAAAAACGUGACAAUCACUAAAAAUAACCUAAAAUAACACGAAAUAUCAGUUUGCUACAAGUUGUGGCAGAAUUGUGCGAUUUUGACGCAAACUGUGUAAUUCCAUGCAAAUGACCUCAACUAAGCUUCUCUUGAACCUGAAUGAUGUUUACCAUGCCUUGAUAAUCAUCCAAGCUUCAAUUUGCUUGUUCCAUUUUCGCGUUUCUGCUCUUCCUUUUUCUCCCUUGCAGCCGAACAAGAAGCAAGCUGCCGACAGCCCUCCCUUUGAGAAACCGAAUUCCGGAUCUGCUCUGCUAUGUUUCUCCCGUCCGUCUGCUACUCUUGCUUGUGGGUGUGAUUUUUCCGGUUCUGAUUUCCUGAAUUCUCCCCAAAUUCCCGCCGGCUUCCCCUAGCUUGCAGCUCCGAUCUGCUGGCUGGAAUUUUGGUUCUUGAUCCUUGGGGCACUUUAGUAUGUGGCUUGAGUCUUCGGUUUUAUGCAAUUUGAGGAAACGAAGUCAAGGACGGGGAAAAACGAGGGGAGUGACCAUUUAGAAGGCUAGCUAUCUUGUAAAUUGAGCAUAGAUUUAGAUAUAAAUCAUGAUCUUGUAAGCUAGACUUUAUUUGGAGAUUUUAUGAUAUCAGAGCAAAUUUUAUAAC